AUGACGACCAUGGAUUUGCGUGUCGGUAACAAAUACCGCAUUGGCCGCAAGAUCGGAAGCGGUAGUUUCGGUGACAUCUAUCUCGGAACUAAUAUUAUCUCCGGCGAGGAGAUUGCCAUUAAGCUUGAGAGUGUCAAGGCUAAGCACCCCCAACUUGAGUAUGAGGCUCGUGUUUACAAGUCUCUUGCUGGUGGUGUUGGCAUCCCCUUCGUCCGUUGGUUCGGUACUGAGUGCGACUAUAAUGCUAUGGUUAUCGAUCUUUUGGGUCCUAGUCUGGAGGACCUCUUCAACUUCUGCAACCGCAAGUUCUCGCUCAAGACCGUGCUUCUCCUGGCUGAUCAACUUAUUUCCCGCAUCGAGUAUAUCCAUGCCAAGUCUUUCAUUCACCGUGAUAUUAAGCCCGACAACUUCUUGAUGGGCAUUGGUAAACGUGGAAACCAAGUCAACGUGAUCGAUUUCGGUUUGGCCAAGAAGUACCGUGAUCCUAAGACACACUUUCACAUCCCCUACCGCGAGAACAAGAACCUUACUGGAACUGCCCGUUACGCCAGUAUCAACACUCACUUGGGUGUUGAACAGUCUCGCCGUGAUGACAUGGAGUCUCUGGGAUACGUCAUGCUCUACUUCUGCCGUGGCACUCUCCCUUGGCAGGGACUUAAGGCUGCUACUAAGAAGCAGAAGUAUGACCGCAUCAUGGAGAAGAAGAUGACUACGCCCACUGAGGUCCUUUGCCGUGGAUUCCCCAACGAAUUCUCGAUCUACUUGAACUAUACCCGCUCCCUGCGUUUCGAUGACAAGCCCGAUUACUCGUACCUCCGCAAGAUCUUCCGUGACCUUUUCGUCCGCGAGUCUUUCCAGUACGACUACGUUUUCGACUGGACUGUCUACAAGUACCAGAAGAAUGCCGCGAUGAUUGUGGAUGCUAGCAACAAGAAGGACAAAGAAGCGGAGGAACAGCAGCGCCGCCAAGGCGUGGCAGCUGCUGCACCGAUGGGCACCCCCGGUGCUGCUGCUAAGCCUGGUGCUAUCUCAAGCCAGCGCCGCAAGGUCAUCGAACGUGGAACUCUCGACAACACCCCCGACACCAACCGUGCUGUGGGAGGGAGUGACAGGAUGCUGCGUUCUGCUUCCAAGGUUGCUGCUUCAGGUGCUUAUGUCCCUGCCGGUAGCCGCUCGAAGCGGGACGAUGGAUACGGUGCUCAGUGGUACUAA